AUGUUGAGGUUCCCAUCAGCCAGUUCAGUCUUACUGCUGCUGCCACUGCUGCUUACGCUGGCAGAUGCGCAGCAUUGCAGCUGGCAGUACAAUCUGCAGACCAACCAGCCCAUCAAUAUAACCAGCGCCAAUUUUCCAAGAGCGCUGCCCGCGGGCAGCAACUGCCGUUACCUGCUGAAGGCACCGCCCAAUCAUGUGAUCCACGUGAACUGUCGCUUCGAAGUGUAUCCUGACAUCUGUCAGUCGAAGAUUCUGUUCAUCUCACGUGACGGAGACUUUCAGUUCCGCGAAGCCGAGCGAUUUUGCCGCAUGGGCCAAGUGAGUCGCACCUCCAACUACCAGAGCCUCGCCUUGGCCUACCAGUCCACCAGUGCCGCCACCCAGCAGCGGGCCCGGCUCAGCUGCCAGGCGGUGGCACAGCGAGUGCCCUGCGACUGCGGCUGGUCCCAGCCGACGCGCAUCACCAACGGCGUCGAGGCCACCAAGCACGAGUUUCCCUCGACCGUGGGCCUACGCGACAUCAGCUCCAAUCAGCCCAUUUUCUGCGGCGGCAGCAUUGUCAGCGAUCGCUUCAUAGUCACCGCAGCGCACUGCAUGGCCCAGCGAUCGCCCAGUCGUAUUGUGGCGCUAGUCGGGGAGCACGAUCUCACCAGCACCAGCGAGUCGAUAUUCGCUCUUCAAUAUGCCAUACAAAGCAUUAUCCCUCAUCCAGCCUACAGCAGCAUUGGCGACGCCAAUGAUAUCGCUCUGCUCCGCACGGCCACAACCAUCGAAUUUUCACGCGGCGUGGCGCCCAUCUGUCUGCCUUUUGGACAAACACAACAAGCGGAAACCUACGAGAUUGUCGAUAUUGCUGGCUGGGGUACUCUGGGCUUUGGCAUGUCCAAGUCGAACACCCUGCAAAAGGCCAGCCUGAUGACCAUUGCGAAUGCCGACUGCAGUACACGCUAUAAUUUAACCAUAGCCGGCAAUCAGGUGUGCACCUACGACUACUUGGGGCUGGGCCAGGACUCCUGCCAGUACGAUUCAGGCGGCCCGGUGAUCAUGCGUCAGCGAUCCCGCAUGUUUCUGCUGGGCAUCAUCAGCUAUGGACGCGCCUGUGGCCAGCGCUAUGGCAUCGGCGUCAACACUCGCAUCUCAGGCCAUCUGGACUGGCUCUGGCGCUACUUGGGCGGCACGGUGUGUGCCCGCUAGGAAUGGCUGGUGUUU